CUGCUGUCAGAUAACGGCGAGGAGGGAAACAACACAGCUGAUCCCACACCGGAACCAUUACAACUAUUUUCUACAGACGGCAGGAAUUAUUACUUUAUCUCAUUUACUUGGCAUUCUUCUUUUUUUUUUGGCUAACGGCGUUACUAAAGUGAUAAAAUGGUUGAUUAAGGCACAUCUUUUGUUGCCUGAAAAAAACAUUCUGGAUACUCAGCUACAGUUCAUUCUCUAUUGGUCGGUGCAAUAAGCUGCGAUGCUAAGGAAGAAAGAGAAAGCCCUAAUUCAAGAAAUAUGGGACAAAAUGACCCCUGUGGCCGAAGAAAUUGGGUCAGAUGCGCUUCUUAGGAUGUUCGCCUGUUAUCCAGGCACCAAGACGUAUUUCUCCCACGCAGACAUCAGUGCCGGCUCUCCACACCUGCGCUCUCACGGGAAGAAGAUCGUCCUGGCCAUAGUGGAGGCAGCCAAAGACAUCAGUCACCUGACCGUCACCCUGGCUCCUCUGCAAACCUUCCACGCCUACCAGCUUCGGAUAGAUCCGACCAACUUCAAGCUGUUCUCACACUGUAUGCUUGUCGCUCUGGCCUGUCACAUGGGUGACGACUUCACGCCGACUGCACACGCAGCGAUGGACAAGUUCCUGUCAGCAUUCGCAGCUGUGCUCGCCGAGAAAUACAGAUGAGACUGAACCACACAAGUACACGAAAUAUUAAAAUGCUAUUUAUGAAUAUAUAUUUAUGUAUGUGUAACUGUUGUGUAAUGUUUUGUUAUAAUAAAUAUGUGCAAUUAACAUGUUUGGUUUUAUGCUGCUAUAUUACAGUAUAAAGUGUUAAAGGAACCAAACCCUGUGGCUUUGUUACCUAACCUUACCUACCUUAACUGCAAAGUGUACUGCUGAUUAUUACUUAAACUCACAGUCGGACAUUAUUUCUGUUAUUAUAUUUCAUUUAGGUGUCAGCUUUAUCCGUUACAUGGCAGCUUUUUGCUGUCUUUUUUCUGUUUUGUGUGGUGUGGCUCCAGUUUUGCAGGCUUUUCUACUUUUACGUGUGUUUAAUCAUUAAAUUCCAAAUGUUUAACCAA